AUGAAUUCAACAACCUUAAUUAUAUCGUCCUCAUUUAUUCUAGUUCUUACAAUCCUUAUAUUUCCGCUACUAACAACAUUAAACCCAAAACCACAAAAACCAGAGUGAGCAGGUACACACGUUAAAACCGCCGUCAGCACUGCAUUCUUCAUUAGCCUCCUUCCACUUAUAAUCUUUUUAGACCAGGGAAUAGAAAGCAUUACUACAAACUGACAUUGAAUAAACACACACAUAUUUGACACAAACAUCAGCUUUAAAUUUGACCAUUACUCUCUCAUCUUUACCCCAAUUGCCCUUUACGUCACCUGAUCCAUUCUAGAAUUUGCACUAUGGUACAUACACUCUGACCCCAACAUAAACCGAUUUUUUAAAUAUCUUCUCCUAUUCCUAGUAGCUAUAAUCACUCUAGUCACAGCUAAUAAUAUAUUCCAAUUAUUUAUUGGCUGAGAGGGAGUUGGAAUUAUGUCAUUCUUACUAAUUGGGUGGUGAUACGGACGAGCAGAUGCCAAUACAGCAGCCCUCCAAGCCGUCAUCUACAACCGAGUAGGAGACAUCGGACUAAUCUUAAGCAUAGCAUGAUUUGCAAUAAACCUUAACUCCUGAGAAAUCCAACAAAUCUUCUUCCUAUCAAAAAACUUCGACAUGACAAUUCCUCUAAUCGGACUAAUCCUUGCGGCAACAGGAAAAUCGGCCCAAUUUGGCCUACAUCCCUGACUCCCUUCUGCCAUGGAGGGCCCUACACCAGUAUCUGCCCUAUUACACUCCAGCACUAUGGUUGUUGCAGGAAUCUUCCUAUUAAUCCGCCUUCACCCCCUUAUAGAAAACAACAACCUAGCACUGACAAUCUGUCUCUGCUUAGGGGCACUCACUACAUUAUUUACAGCCACCUGCGCCUUAACUCAAAAUGAUAUCAAAAAAAUUGUAGCUUUCUCAACAUCUAGUCAACUAGGACUAAUAAUAGUCACAAUUGGACUAAACCAACCACAACUAGCAUUCCUCCACAUUUGCACGCACGCAUUCUUUAAGGCCAUAUUAUUCUUAUGUUCCGGAUCAAUUAUCCACAGCCUAAACGAUGAACAAGACAUCCGAAAAAUAGGAGGUCUUCACAACCUGAUACCUGCCACCUCGACCUACCUUACAAUCGGCAGCCUAGCAUUAACAGGAACCCCAUUCCUAGCCGGAUUCUUCUCAAAAGAUGCCAUCAUCGAAGCCCUAAACACCUCUUACCUUAACGCCUGAGCCCUAACCCUUACAUUAAUUGCCACAUCAUUCACCGCAGUUUAUAGUUUUCGAGUAGUAUUCUUCGUAACCAUGGGAUCCCCUCGAUUUUUACCACUAUCCCCUAUUAAUGAAAACAAUCCACUAGUAAUUAACCCCAUUAAACGACUUGCCUGAGGAAGUAUUAUUGCAGGACUUAUUAUUACCUCUAAUUUUCUACCCUCAAAAACACCUAUCAUAACAAUACCAACUACUCUAAAACUAGCCGCCCUCAUAGUAACAAUCGCCGGACUUUUAGUAGCCAUAGAACUUACAGCAAUAACCAACAAGCAAAUCAAAAUUACCCCCACAAUCCCCAUACAUCAUUUCUCAAACAUACUUGGAUAUUUCCCCGCAGUAAUUCAUCGACUUCCCCCUAAACUCAACCUAAUCCUAGGACAGUCAAUUGCCACCAAAUUCGACCAAACAUGACUAGAAAUCACAGGACCAAAAGGAUUAACACUAACCCAAAUAACAAUAUCAAAAAUUACAAGUGAUAUCCAACGAGGCAUAAUCAAAACCUACUUAACUAUCUUCCUUCUAACCCUAACCCUGGCCAUCCUUUUAACUCUUAUUUAA